UUCUCGAGACCGCGUCGGAUAGAACGACAACGUUCGGAGAGAAGUUACAGCGGGUUUUCUGCCGCGACCUUCGUUUUACUACAACGUGCCGUGCUAGUCGACUCCUCCUGCCCGUAAUAAGCUGCUGAGCCUCUGAAUUAUGGUCAUUAUCCGCGCUUUCAAUCGCCCAAGAUGUAAGAUACGUUUUGUUAGGUCUGCCGGGAGUGGUGGAAGAACUUUUUACUCCGUUCUGUGAUUCCUCAAAAAUUCAAGAAACUUGGUGUCGGCAGCUUUUGGGAGUCCGUCAUUGAUGCACCUAUUGGACACCAGAGAACUGUUAGAAAGUGUGAGCUGAUAAGUCGAUGAUUUCGGCAGGAGUUGAUGGACGAUUGCCUUACAUGACCUACCCCGAGCCUUGGCGGGGCCCGCCUAAGCAGCCUCCCGCUGAAUUUUUAAGGCCAGCCCCGAAACCUCUUCCAAAUAAUAGGUACAAUGGCAUGAUAACCUCUUCCCCCAAUGGUACCAGACUGGCACCUCCACAACGUCCAAUCACCACGAAGUAUGCUCCUCAACAAUCAAUCAUUACACCAGUGAACCUAACACAGCACAAGGAAGAACCCCUGGAUGAUUUGCAACAGUUCAACGCUUACGCCCGGCUAUUUCCACACAAUGCCCACUUCACCCAUUUUGCCCCCUACUCAACCCUUUACCCGCAUUAUGCCCACACCAUGAUGCGGCAAGCAAACUUCCCUCCAACACCCCUAUCUCCUCUAGAAACCUUCUCACCAACGACACCCACAGGAACGACUAGCUCCACCUUUCUCUCUCCUUCUUAUAGCCCUCCGUCAGUCUUGAAACCCACCCAAACGAUAGUGAGGGAAAAGAGGACCCCACCACACACUCAUACCUCUCAAACCCCCUCCCCAAAUCAGGGGAGUUUCAAGGUACCGUGUGGAAAAGAAGGAUCCCUGAAACACAGGAUCUUAGUGAGGCCAGAAGAUGUUCCGAGGAGUACGAAUUCUGGUCCUUUGGAUCUUCAGAAGCCUCUGGAGGUCUCCAGGAAGAGACUGCUGGCCUCGAUGUCUCCACCAAGAUCUCCGAAGAGGCAUCAUAACAGCAACACUAUGAAUAACAUUGGGUUCUCUGCCGGGUCGCUCAUACAGUUGGCCAGUGGUGGUUUGAAGAAGGUGGAAGAGAUGAAGACGGAGGAUUUCAUCUGUUCGGCUGAUAAUAAUCCAGAGCUGAGGUUGGAAGAGAGUACGGUUGUGAAAAUUGAUGAGAACAAGACCAACGGCAAUAUAAAUGUGACUCUCAGUUACAAUCAGCGACGUAUGCAGGUCACUGUAGAAUCGACUAUGGAGCACCCUUACUUCAUCUACGGACAAGGUUGGGCUUCCUACAGUCCAGAAAAAACAUUUCAAUGUUACGGUCUCAAAGUGAACAGGUUACAAGUGGGCGACAUCUUGGUGUCACUCACCCCAAGGGAACAUAAAUAUCAACCAGAAAGGAGUUCAACAGUUUUGACCACAACGGUCAUGUCCGCCUCACACCCACAGGUUUCGUCAACGGUGUCGAACAGCUCAAACCAAUUAGAAAGUCAGCCUCAAACUCAACCACUGAACCUUCACAAUUCAAACCAACCACAUAGGACCUUAUCUCCAGAUAGUCUUGCUGCCAGGAAGAGAAGGUGGUCAGCGCCAGAUGAAAUUAGUGAAGAAGAAAUCAACAAUAGGAGACAUCGAGUGGAGUAGAUUUUUUUCUCAAAUUGACUGAAUUUAUUCGAUCGUGAUAGAUCGUACUUUGAUCGAUGUCAAAUUGUGUUACAUUUACAUUUUGUACAUUGUAUAUAUGUAUUUUUGUUUAUCUUUGUAUGUUGAUUUAGGGAGGUCACUUUGAUUUGAUGGAGUUGAUGCAAAUUUUUUUCCAAAAACUAAUAAGUCAGACGAGUAAAUGCCAUUGAACUUACUGUUCUUGAAUUAUUGAAAUCGACUCCUGAUAUUUCUCAGACGAAGUUUUUCGUUUUUAUUAAACUGUUAAACUUAUUGUACUGAUAUAUCAACAAUCUAAAAUACACGUUAUAAGGAAGGUAGUGCUGCCAAACGCAUAUCUACAAAUUUAUUCGUAUGGAAUUUGUUAAUAUUCGGUUAUUUUCUGAUCAGACCUCGUAGUAUGUUGCCUUGUAAAUACUCUCCGGUUUUAUAAAAACGCGAAUAUCAUGUGAGUUCAUAGUCAUUUAUCACAGGAAAAAGUUAUCAAAGUCGCUUCGAGAAAAUCAUUGGGACUUCCCAUAUUCCACAAUAUUUUGUUGUGCAAUGAUGGCUUGAUGCAGAUGGCAUAUUUGUAAUAUUGAAAUUUGAGCCAUGACAAUAUAUCCCUAAUUGCCAUAUUAGAGCUGAAUGUGUAAUACGUAAUAGUGUGCCCCGGUUCUGACUAAAUUGAGUAUUAGAUAAAGUGAUUCGAAAUACGAACAUUCAAUCAAUUGUUGAAAAUUAGUGGGAAGUUUUUGUAAUGUUAAAAAUUAGAAAAAAAAAGUUGAUAACCGUCGAUCUCAUUCGAGACGUGUGAUAGAACUGCUUUUAAUGUUGUUAAAUAAGAUCUGUUUCUUUGGAGGAAGUUUUAUGUAGUGAUAGAUGGUUAUAUCUGCAUCUCAAUCUUUCAGACCCUAUAAUUUUUUCGGUACAACCAUGGAGUAUGAUGUCUCUAUGCUUUUUCUAAGAAAUAGUAAUAUAUUUCUCGAGUUUAAAUAUCCCCGUCAUGGUAUUUUUCGACCAAUAAAAUGGAAUUCACUUAUUUUCUAUAUUUUUAGUAUCAAACGUAAAAUAUUCACUAGAUGCAGAUAUCAGGAAUUGUUUUUUAGUUAUUUGAUUAUGAUUGAUUCAAUUAAUGAUUAUACAGGGCAAUUGAAAAGUUGAUACUUCGCUUCAACAAUUUGCACUGAUUGCAAGACCUUUUCGAAUGAAUGAACUACGAAUAACAAAUUCAUUUAACGAUGCGUUUCUGACCACAAAAAAAAUUUUUGAACAUGAACAAUGCAAUAAGCUGCUAAAAUAAAAAAAAAACAUGUAAAAGUAUCAACUCUGGAUUGACCUGUAUUUUGUGCUUUUGAAUGAAUAAUCAUUUUCCAUGUGAAUUCUUGGCUGUGAAACGGUAAUAUAAAAUAUGUGGGUUAUUUUUCCCCUCAAAUUUAUCGUAUGGAUCCUUAAACUACAUACCUCACACCAGGCUUACUGUAGAAAUAUAUUCUUGGCAAUUGACUCAUCUGAAUUAUCGUUAAUUGUUUUAGAUAGCUGUAUUAAGUAUGCAUAGAAGAGAACAGGAUGUCUUCUGUGUUAUGUAUGAAUUGAAAGAAAAUGCUUGAAUAUGUUUCCAGGAAAAUGAAAAUUGUUGAUUUUUUUUUAAUGCAAAUACAGUGUACUUUUGUUAGAAUAGAUGUCUGUCUACAUAGUUGGACAUUUGAGAAUUUUUCAUAUGGAAAGAAAAAUCUUUUCAAUUAUUGUUGUAUAAUAGAUAUUUGAGUUCACUGUAUUUGUAUGACUCUAAAAAUGUUUAUAAUAAAGAAGAAACUUGGUAUUAUAAAGAUCUCACUUUCGUUAUUAGUAGAUAAAACUCAAAAUUUAUCUCAUCAACACUACUUUUUAUAAUGAUAAUUUCACGAAAACUAUACUUAACAAAAUACCAAUACAGUACCAGAGAUUGUAAAUUGUUAUUCGUCUAUUCUUUUAAUUCUUUAAUAAUUAUCCAGUGUAUAAGAGCCAAAAGAUAAUAAUAACUCGGGAAAGAAAGUUAUGAUCAAAUAUGGAUGUUUGUGAUGUUAUUUUGAGUUUUAAAGGCAUUCUGUGAUAUAUAAUUUCUCUUUAGUGAAAUGUACUUCUGUUUUCUUGGAGGUAAUUGGAAUUCCAUUUCAACUGGUUUCAAUAUGAAAAGUGCAAAAUAAAAAUUGUGAAAUAAAUAUUCCAUUUGAACUCUUCUUAACCCUUUCGAUAUAAUGGAUCAAAGAAUCUAUAUAAUGAACAACUUAUUGCAAACGCUCAAAUAAUAUGAAAUCGAGAUCAAAUGGAAUAAUUUUUGAUUAGGAGGAGACUAUGAUUAAACUGAAGUGCCUUGAAAUGAGGUUUGACCUCUUAAGAAUGUUAUUUAUGUAGA